AUGUCCAGCUACCAUUACUGGNNNGGGGGGGGGGGGUGGGGGGGGGGGGGGGGGGGGGGGGGGGGGGGGGGGGGGGGGGGGGGGGGGGGGGGGGGGGGGGGGGGGGGGGGGGGGGGGGGGGGGGGGGGGGGGGGGGGGGGGGGGGGGGGGGGGGGGGGGGGGGGGGGGGGGGGGGGGGGGGGGGGGGGGGGGGGGGGGGGGGGGGGGGGGGGGGGGGGGGGGGGGGGGGGGGGGGGGGGGGGGGGGGGUGGGGGGGGGGGGGGGGGGGGGGGGGGGGGGGGGGGGGGGGGGGGGGGGGGGGGGGGGGGGGGGGGGGGGGGGGGGGGGGGGGGGGGGGGGGGGGGGGGGGGGGGGGGGGGGGGGGGGGGGGGGGGGGGGGGGGGGGGGGGGGGGGGGGGGGGGGGGGGGGGGGGGGGGGGGGGGGGGGGGGGGGGGGGGGGGGGGGGGGGGGGGGGGGGGGGGGGGGGGGGGGGGGGGGGGGGGGGGGGGGGGGGGGGGGGGGGGGGGGGGGGGGGGGGGGGGGGGGGGGGGGGGGGGGGGGGGGGGGGGGGGGGGGGGGGGGGGGGGGGGGGGGGGGGGGGGGGGGGGGGGGGGGGGGGGGGGGGGGGGGGGGGGGGGGGGGGGGGGGGGGGGGGGGGGGGGGGGGGGGGGGGGGGGGGGGGGGGGGGGGGGGGGGGGGGGGGGGGGGGGGGGGGGGGGGGGGGGGGGGGGGGGGGGGGGGGGGGGGGGUGGGGGGGGGGGGGGGGGGGGGGGGGGGGGGGGGGGGGGGGUGGGGGGGGGGGGGGGGGGGGGGGGGGGGGGGGGGGGGGGGGGGGGGGGGGGGGGGGGGGGGGGGGGGGGGGGGGGGGGGGGGGGGGGGGGGGGGGGGGGGGGGGGGGGGGGGGGGGGGGGGGGGGGGGGGGGGGGGGGGGGGGGUGGGGGGGGGGGGGGGGGGGGGGGGGGGGGGGGGGGGGGGGGGGGGGGGGGGGGGGGGGGGGGGGGGGGGGGGGGGGGGGGGGGGGGGGGGGGGGGGGGGGGGGGGGGGGGGGGGGGGGGGGGUGGGGGGGGGGGGGGGGGGGGGGGGGGGGGGGGGGGGGGGGGGGGGGGGGGGGGGGGGGGGGGGGGGGGGGGGGGGGGGGGGGGGGGGGGGGGGGGGGGGGGUGGGGGGGGGGGGGGGGGGGGGGGGGGGGGGGGGGGGGGGGGGGGGGGUGGGGGGGGGGGGGGGGGGGGGGGGGGGGGGGGGGGGGGGGGGGGGGGGGGGGGGGGGGGGGGGGGGGGGGGGGUGGGGGGGGGGGGGGGGGGGGGGGGGGGGGGGGGGGGGGGGGGGGGGGGGGGGGGGGGGGGGGGGGGGGGGGGGGGGGGGGGGGGGGGGGGGGGGGGGGGGGGGGGGGGGGGGGGGGGGGGGGGGGGGGGGGGGGGGGGGGGGGGGGGGGGGGGGGGGGGGGGGGGGGGGGGGGGGGGGGGGGGGGGGGGGGGGGGGGGGGGGGGGGGGGGGGGGGGGGGGGGGGGGGGGGGGGGGGGGGGGGGGGGGGGGGGGGGGGGGGGGGGGGGGGGGGGGGGGUGGGGGGGGGGGGGGGGGGGGGGGGGGGGGGGGGGGGGGGGGGGGGGGGGGGGGGGGGGGGGGGGGGGGGGGGGGGGGGGGGGGGGGGGGGGGGGGGGGGGGGGGGGGGGGGGGGGGGGGGGGGGGGGGGGGGGGUGGGGGGGGGGGGGGGGGGGGGGGGGGGGGGGGGGGGGGGGGGGGGGGGGGGGGGGGGGGGGGGGGGGGGGGGGGGGGGGGGUGGGGGGGGGGGGGGGGGGGGGGGGGGGGGGGGGGGGGGGGGGGGGGGGGGGGUGGGGGGGGGGGGGGGGGGGGGGGGGGGGGGGGGGGGGGGGGGGGGGGGGGGGGGGGGGGGGGGGGGGGGGGGGGGGGGGGGGGGGGGGGGGGGGGGGGGGGGGGGGGGGGGGGGGGGGGGGGGGGGGGGGGGGGGGGGGGGGGGGGGGGGGGGGGGGGGGGGGGGGGUGGGGGGGGGGGGGGGGGGGGGGGGGGGGGGGGGGGGGGGGGGGGGGGGGGGGGGGGGGGGGGGGGGGGGGGGGGGGGGGGGGGGGGGGGGGGGGGGGGGGGGGGGGGGGGGGGGGGGGGGGGGGGGGGGGGGGGUGGGGGGGGGGGGGGGGGGGGGGGGGGGGGGGGGGGGGGGGGGGGGGGGGGGGGGGGGGGGGGGGGGGGGGGGGGGGUGGGGGGGGGGGGGGGGGGGGGGGGGGGGGGGGGGGGGGGGGGGGGGGGGGGUGGGGGGGGGGGGGGGGGGGGGGGGGGGGGGGGGGGGGGGGGGGGGGGGGGGGGGGGGGGGGGGGGGGGUGGGGGGGGGGGGGGGGGGGGGGGGGGGGGGGGGGGGGGGGGGGGGGGGGGGGGGUGGGGGGGGGGGGGGGGGGGGGGGGGGGGGGGGGGGGGGGGGGGGUGGGGGGGGGGGGGGGGGGGGUGGGGGGGGGGGGGGGGGGGGGGGGGGGGGGGGGGGGGGGGGGGGGGGGGGGGGGGGGGGGGGGGGGG